AUGGGCAACCACGCUUUGAUCUACGGCGCGUCGGGCAUUUCUGGCUGGGCUAUCGUCAAUGCUAUUCUGAAUGGUUAUCCCUCAAAGGAUGCGUUCUCCAAAGUCACCGCCAUGGUCAAUCGACCGUUGACACGAGAAAUGGCUCUUUGGCCAGACGAUCCAAGGUUGCAGAUUGUGUCAGGAGUCGAUCUGGUCAAGGGGACUCAAGAAGAGCUUGAGAAGCAGAUCAAGGAGAAAGUUACUGACGUUGAGAGCGUCACCCAGGUUUACUUUUACUCAUACAAGCAAUCAGAUGACGCAGAGUACGAAUGCAAGGUGAACGAAGAAAUGUUGGAACGAGCAGUUACUGCGAUCGACCAUCUCUCCUCCAAGCUUUCGUAUGUCCUCCUACCCACCGGAACCAAGAUCUACGGCUGCCAGAUGCUGGACAAGUUUCCAUUCUCAAACGAUCUACCGCUAAAGGAGACUCUCCCUCCAAUUCCCGAGCCAUACAUUUCUCAGCUCUUCUACUACAACCAGAUCGACUGCCUCAAGCGCAUAUCCAAAGGCAAGAAGUGGAGCUGGUGCGAAGUGCGACCAGACAACAUUAUCGGUUUCGUGCCCAACAACAACGCCUACAACCUCGGACAGACACUCGCGUUGUACCUUUCUCUAUAUCGUGCAGUAGAGGGCGAAGCCGCAAAGUGUCCAUUCCCAGGUACAGAAAAGUCCUGGGUGAACAAAUACAACGAAUCGCCACAGGACAUGGUUGCGCACUUCUCCAUCCACGCCUCGUUGCAUCCCGAGAAGACAGCGUCACAGAGCUUCAAUGUCGGCGGCCAAGAAGACACUUGGAGCGGCAAGUGGCCGAUCAUCUGCGAAUACUUUGGUUUGAAGGGUACUGGCCCCCAGGAGAACUCACCGCAACCUGGCGCGUAUAUCGCCGCGCAUAGGAAAGAAUGGGACGAGCUGGAGAAGAAGCAUAAUCUCAAGGAAGGGAGUGUGGAUAGCGAUAUCUCACAUCCGGGAUUUCAAUAUUUCAUCAUGACCCUGUUUGAUUUUGAUCGCCAGAUGAGCAUGGAGGCUUCGCACAAGGCGGGAUAUACGGAGGAGAUUCGGACGCCCGAAACGUGGAAGAUUGCUUUCGAUCGCAUGAGGCAGGCAAAGGUCAUCCCCUAG